AUGGACCUUGUGGGAUUCGGAGAUGCAUCGGAGAAGGCUUACGGUGCGUGCUUGUAUGCCGUCAGUUACGAUAGAAAUGGGAGAGUAACAUCUCAUUUAAUUUGCUCAAAAGCAAGAGUGGCACUGCUAAAGGUCAUAUCGUUGCCAAGGCUAGAACUAUACGCCGCCUUGCUAUUGGUGGAGUUACUAAAUUUAGUCAAGAGAGCCUGUCAAGGGAACAUUAAUGGUGUCUAUCUGUGGAGUGACUCAACGAUAACAUUGGAAUGGAUAAAGACACCGCCUAAUCAGUUAAAAACGUUUGUGGCCAAUCGAGUCGCAAAAAUACAAGAACUGUCACCUAAAGCAUGUUGGAAUCAUGUUCCAUCGGAGGAUAAUUCAGCGGACCUCUUAUUUAGAGGCAUCACAACAGAGCAACUAAAAAGGAGUAAGCUAUGGUGGGAAGGUCCGGAGUGGAUCAAAUCAAAACAACUGUGGCCCCAGCAACCGAAUUUGUCUAAGGUGGAUAUUUCGGAAAGAAAAACGGUGGUAUCGGCAGCAACAUCGUAUGCUCCGCCAGAAUUUUUAAUUAAAUAUUCCUCGUAUCAUAAAUUACGACGUAUAGUCGCCUUUUGCCACAGAUUUAUAGCAAAUCUGAAAGAAAGAAGAAAAAUUGGGUCACUAUCGCUUGAAGAGCUAAACAAGGCAGAAACAUCUAUUCUACGAAUUAUUCAGCAAGAAGCUUUUGCUCAAGAGAUCAAAGAUUUGAAAUUACUGCUGCCAAUCAGCAAAGCCAGUAAGCUGGCUAAGAUAAACGACCAAGGGAUAAUUCGAAUAGGAGGACGACUUCGGAACGCAGACCUUACUCCUGACCAUAAGCAUCAGAUAGUUCUACCGGCGAGACAUCGCAUAGUCAACCUGAUUUUUCGAGAAGAACACGUCAUGCGAUUACAUUGUGGACCGGAGCAACUAUUAAGUUUUGUCCAGCAAAAGUACUGGCCACUAAAUGGUCGCCGAGAAGCUAAAAAGAUAACACAAAGUUGUGUUAGAUGUUUCAAUUACAAACCUCGUACGCCUGACGUGAGAAUGGCAGAUCUCCCGAAAACUAAGGUUACCGCAACUUCGAGACCUUUCACCGUUACCGGGAUUGACUACGCAGGCCCGUUUCAAAUGAAAGAAAGCAGGAGACGAGGUCGAGUCCACGUUGCAAAGGCGUAUGUAGCGGUCUUCGUAUGCUUUAGCACGCGAACGGUGCAUCUAGAAUUGGUGACGGCUUUAACUACAGAAGCAUUUUUAGCAGCUUUGAGAAGAUUUGUGGCUCGAAAAGGAAUAUGUUCGCAAUUAUAUUCAGAUAAUGCUACAAACUUUGUAGGCGCAGCGCGAGAAUUAAGAGAAGUCUACGAUUUCUUAGCAAAUAAAGAAGAUGAAAUCAGCAAUGAAUUAGCAACUCGGAAGAUUAAAUGGAAAUUCAUUCCACCCAGAUCACCUCACUUCGAGGAGUUAUGGGAAGCGGCGGUGAAGGCUAUGAAGCGGCAUCUAAAUACACGAGGACUUGCUCUGACAUACGAAGAGUAUAACACGUUGUUAGUAGAAAUUGAAGCAGUUCUAAACUCGAGACCCCUCACACCCUUGUCCUCCAAUUCUAAUGAUUUGUUAGCCUUAACUCCCACCCACUUCCUUAUCGGAAACUCUCUAUCAGAACCUGUGCAGAAUAAUUUCGUAGAUGUUCCAGAAAAUAGACUUUCUAGAUGGCAGCAUCUUCAGAAGAUUCGGCAACAUUUCUGGAAGCGAUGGCACAGAGAAUACUUACAAACCUUGCAGACAAGAAGCAAAUGGUUCUCGGGGCAAAAGAGCGUAGAACCUGGUGAUAUGGUGCUGAUGAAAGACGACAAUCUGCCUCCGUUGAAUUGGAAACUGGGCAGAGUAACUGAGACCUUUCCAGGUGAUGACGGGAUUGUGCGAGUCGCCACAGUCAAGACCAGUGUUGGAGCGUUCAAGAGACCCAUUAAAAAACUCUGUCCGCUACCGAUUAGCGAUUAUAAACUAUGUAUUAAUUAG